CGUUUUAUCGUCAGUCUUGCAUCUCUAUUCUGGAUAUGAAUGUAAACAAAAUGGAUUAUAAAAAGAAAUACGCAAAAUUAAAAUCGCGCGUGAAAAAUUAUGUUCUAGAAAACGCAUCUAUUAUUGAUGAGGUUUGCUAUUUGCAGGCAGAAUUAACUGCAGCACGUGCGGAGAGACUGACCUUAAUUGAAAAACUGAUGUCUUACGAAGGAUUGGACAAAGGCACCAUUCCACAAAUUCCAUUGUUAAAUGAAAGUCGGGAUUUAGCAAGCAAACAUAUGGGCGAGAAACAACAUGCGGCUAAGAAAAGCACCAAAGCUAAAUCGAGGGACAUUUCAAAAACGUCACAGAAGAGCUCCAUGUUUCCGUUAAAAUUGCACAAUAUCCUCAUACACAGUCUCGGUGAAAUUAUACCUACGAAUCCCAAUUUCCAUUCGGCUGAAUGGAUAUAUCCAGUUGGGUUUGUGGCAACGAGAAUAUAUGCACAUCCCAGAGAUCCAAGAAAGAAAUGUGUUUUCACAUGUAAAAUCCUCAACAAUGCUGGAGUUCCUCAGUUUCAAUUAAUUCCUGACAAUGACUUGGAUGGAGUGUUCUUCGGGGAAACUGCUAACGUAUGCCAUCAAGAACUAUUAAAUACGAUACAGGGUUCGAUUAAGGAAUCUGCAAGAGCACCACUUGUAGCGAAGGGAGAAGUUUUCUUUGGAUUAUCGAAUCCAAGGGUACAAUCGCUUUUAUCGUCGGACCCAAGGAUUCAACAAUGUGUCAAAUUUAAAGGAUACAUACCGGACAGUACUAAUGCAUUGAGUGAAAUCAAUGAUCCUACGUUAUCCUUUGCAGAGCUUCAGAGCUAUUUAACAUGAUAACUGCAUUAGAUUUCAUUAGUUAUAUUAUUGAAAUACAAGUACAGUAAAUAAAAUAAGCUGUAAUUUACAAAUGUUUGUUUUGUUUUAACGAUUCCGUCCAGUAAAGCCAUAUCUGGUCAUUCUUCAGCAAGGCGGCAUUAACAUAGU